GGACCCAAGCUAGCAAGCAGUGAUAUUUCUUUGCUUUUAAGAGCAAUCAGCUCCCCACUCCCUUCCCCUCAUUUUGGUUGAUUUAAUUCAAGCAAAAAAAAAAAUAAAAGAAGCUAAAAUCCCAUAUUCCUAUCCUUUCUCUCUCAAUUUUCUUCUCUUUUUUUCUUGGCUUGCAUUGAAGAAAAACAGGCUGGUUAAAGUGCCGCCUCAUGAAUGUGUAGGAGACACAGUCAUUCUCGCAAAAAGACAUGGGCAAUUGCGCUAGAGUUUGCAAGAACAAAGAUGCUAUAGACAUGAAUCUUAGUGCCCAAAUUCAAUCCCCCACUAAGAAGAACAUUGCCAGAAAGGAGCGCUCCAUUGCUGAACUCGGUUCCAGGCGUCAGCCAUCAUCAAUGGAACAAGAAAUUAGUUUUCGAGACUCGAGUAACACAGAGGAGAAGUUUUUUGAUUCCAUCCAAUGGUUAGAAUCUGACAGUGAAGAUUUCUUCAGUGUGAAUGGUGAUUCUACUUUUUCUUGCGGAAAUAGCCCUAAAAACCGGAAAACCUUGAAGGAAAAUUCUCCCACAGAUACAAAGAAGCAACUAAUUGAGUUAUUUAGAGAGAGCUCUAAUGAUGAUGAUGAUGAUGCUGUGAAUAAUUACACAAAUAUGAAAGAUGAGUUGGAAGACAAAGCUGAAAUGCUGAACAAGCUUCCAAAGUCAAGAAGCAGAAGUGCGCAUGAAUCCAUCUCCAACUCCGUUGGCAGUAAUGAAGCAAGAUGCUCCCCUGGGGAAAAAAAAUCAGCCCACCAAACAUGGGCUUUAAUGAGAUAAAGAAAGGGCUAAUAAACCCUCACAAUAACUGAUAUUUAUUCUGUAUAAAUCUCUUGUAAACAAUCUACAAUCUCAAAAUUGAAAAUGGUUCAA